AUGGACAAGCAGCCAUCUACAAACCCAUUCCCCCCAUCCUCGCGCAUCAUUUCUACCCAUGACUCUACAACUGGUCGUGCAGUCUUCAGUGAUAUCUCUGAAAAGCCCCCAAUCGGAUGUUCACCAUGCUCUGUGCCUGGUAGCGAGUCAUCGCGGAAUGUCAGGCUAUACUCGACCAAUACAUUCCCUGUAAGCGGUCUAUCACCGCCAUCGGACGUGACAGCGGAAGAAAAUGCCAAUCGGGAUCUCAAGGCUUAUUUGUAUGAGCUUGAGCAUCCUUCGCCCCCGGAUGGCUCCAAUCUUAGCCACACGUUGUGCCGCAUAUUCGAGAUCCCCCCGGAGGACGAAGGGCGGAUGCAUAGAACUAUCAGUUUCGACUACGGAGUCGUACUAGAUGGCGCCAUUGAAUGGGAACUUGAUUCCGGCGAAAAGAGAAUAAUGAGAAAAGGUGAUGUCUCGAUCCAGCGAGGAACAGCGCAUGCGUGGAAGAACGUCACUCCUAUCGAGGAAAACAACGGCUGGGCAAGAAUGUUCUUUGUCAUCCUGUCGAGCGAGAAGAUCACGAUAAAAGAAGGCAGAGAACUUGGACAUGGCGUUGGGCUGCCGAGGCUUGCGGAUUCGGCGAAAAGUCCCUAUUAG